UUUAAAUUUACCGCUUUCUAUUCACACGUUGAUGUUCUAGCGUUCUAAACUGAACGCCAUCUUUAUUGGUUUUAUGAGACGCGCGGGGUACAGCGGUAGAUGUGUCAAAUCGCAAGAUCCAUCAUAAUAUCUGGAUGAACAUGGUGUUUAUACAGAAAAGAUGAUUUUUAACGUCCAAUUUCGAUGUAUGUAAAUUGAGAAAAAAAUGGUUAGCAACAUUUCACGGGGUACCCCGCGUAUUCAGGUCUUUAGACCCACAUAUGAAGAAUUUAAGGAUUUUACCAAGUAUGUAGAAUAUAUGGAAAGCAAAGGAGCUCAUAAAGCUGGCUUAGCAAAAGUAAUUCCACCACCUGAAUGGAUUCCAAGAAAAAAAGGUUAUGAUUUAGAUGAUUUAGAUCUUACAAUCCCCGCACCAAUUUGUCAGGUUGUAACUGGCAAACAAGGUCUUUAUCAACAAAUUAAUAUACAAAAAAAAUCUAUGACUGUUAAAGAAUAUAGCAAAUUGGCUAAUUCUGAAAGGUAUAAUACUCCUCGUCACUUUGAUUAUGAAGACUUAGAGAGAAAAUAUUGGAAAAAUAUAACAUAUGUAGCACCAAUAUAUGGAGCAGAUGUAUCUGGUUCAUUGACUGAUCCAGAUGUAAAAGAAUGGAAUAUUAAUCAUUUGGGGACAAUACUUGAUUAUGUGAAUAAAGAUUAUGGUAUAUCUAUUGAUGGUGUUAAUACAGCUUAUUUGUAUUUUGGAAUGUGGAAAACUACAUUUGCAUGGCAUACAGAAGAUAUGGAUUUAUAUUCCAUAAAUUAUUUACAUUUUGGAGCUCCAAAAACCUGGUAUGCUAUACCACCAGAACAUGGUCGACGAUUAGAGAGAUUAGCUAGUGGUUUUUUCCCAUCAAGUUAUCAAAGUUGUCAGGCUUUCCUGCGUCACAAAAUGUCUCUUAUUUCACCUCAAAUAUUAAAACAAUAUUCUAUUCCAUGUAAUAAAAUAACACAAGAAGCUGGAGAAAUUAUGAUUACUUUUCCUUAUGGAUAUCAUGCAGGUUUUAACCAUGGAUUCAAUUGUGCUGAAUCCACAAAUUUUGCUGCCCCACGAUGGGUAGAAUAUGGUAAAAGAGCUACACAAUGUACCUGUAGUAAAGAUAUGGUUAAAAUAUCUAUGGAUACGUUUGUAAAACGGUUUCAGCCAGAAAGAUAUGAAUUAUGGUUACGUGGAGAAGAUAUUGGUCCUCAUCCUGAAGAUCCCAAACAAACAGCUGCACCUAUGCCUUCUCAAAUGGAUCUUUUAUGUAGUAAUAGUCAAUUACCACAAAGUUAUUUGAAUGCUGCUCCAAAAAAUAAACGGCACACUAUACAUAAAAAGAAAAACAUAAUGGCCACAAAUCCUGAUGUUGAUAUGGAAGAAUUAGUAAACCGUCCUGAUAUUCCACCAGAUGUUAAAAAAGUAUUACAAGAUUUAGAAUUGGAAGAAGUAGACGAUCAGCCAGAUGAACAACAAUUGGAAGUUUUAGAAGAUAUAUGGCUAAAAGCUGGAGAAAUGGAUGUGAAUGAAGCUUCCGUGUUCGAUGACGGUUAUAAUCGCAAAAAAAGUCGAAAACGUAAGAAAAAAAAUACUGAUAAAUCUAAAUCUAAAAAAGAUUAUAAUAAAAGUAUUAAUGAAGAUGUUAAAGUGAAGACUGAAAUAAAAAUGGAGCCAAGUGAUAGUUUUAAUUUUCUACCUUCAACAUUUUCGGAGCAAAGUGCUCAAUUAGAAAAUAAUCUUCAAGGAAGUUCUAAUAUCAUUAUAUCAAGUAAUAAUAUUAUUGAAAAUAUAAAAAUAGAAGAAAGUUCUGAUUUUUCAGAAGCUGCAGAUAAGCCAUUAAAGAAAAAGAAAAAACAUUCAAAGUCUGGAGAAUCAAAGAAAAUGAAAUCAAAGAAUAUAAAUAAAACUAAACGAAAACAUUUGAACAUAUCUAUUUUCGAUACUAAUGAGCCUUUGGAUGUAUCGGAUGCUGAUGUACAACGGAAAUUGAUGGCUAUGCCAAGUCUUAAUUUACACAAAACGCCAACAAUUAAUAAAGAUACAAGUAAUCAUAUAAUUUCUUCUGAUAAUGAAAUUAAUAUGAGUUCCAUUAAAGAAAAAAAUUUAAUAAGUAUUGCAAAUAAUAGUCAAAUUGCAAGCUCUAUAUAUAAUAAUACAAAAGAAAUGGAAAAGAUUAUAGAUAAUAAUGUGAAUGAGCGAAUAAAUUUGUAUGCAAAGAGUACAAAAAAACCCAGUAUAACUGCAGUAAAACCAUCAGUUUCUAAGCAAAUUUCAUUGAAAAAUAUUUCUUCAGAUCAAGUAAAAUCUAUUCAUAAAAUCGAUAAAAUCGUAGAAUCUGAAUAUACUAACGAAGAUACAAAUAUCAAUACACAAGAAACAAAAUCAAGCACUCUUACUAGUUGCAAAAGUGUGGGAACAAUUAUUACUGAAGGAACUAUAUUCAAUUAUGCGAAAAAAGAUAUCAUUAAAGCUCCUAGAUUGAGCGUUUUAAAAUCUGCGUAUAAUAUAUCUGCAACUGAAGUAUCUUCGAAAGUUGAUUCCGUAAAAUCUAUUGGAGAGGAAAAUGAUACUCGUAUACCAUUAAAAAAUUUAUUAGUUUCACCAAAGACUUGGCCUAUUGCCAAACCUCGAGAACCUAAGCUCUCCGGUUCAGGCAUUAUGUUUCUUAAUACAAAUUUUCCUAAUCCACCGAUUUUACAAAAAGAAACAUUAAACCAAGAAUUAGCAAAUGAAACAAAGACUGUGGAGCUGUCAAAACCCUUAACUUCAUGUGCAAUUCAAAUACCACGAUUAGAAGGUAUCUUUGCGAAAAAUACGAUCUUAGCUCAACCAUUAACACAAUCUGUAACAUGUGUGAGUGGAAUGAAAACAGAUGUUAAAACUCUUGGAAAGAGAUCUACUACAGAUACAUCAAAAAUGAUGGCAACAAAAUUUUGGCAACCUUCUACUAGUAAUAAUAGCUUAUUCUUUUUAAAAGAUAUGAGAGAUGAGCAAGCUCAUUCUUCGACAACAAGUUUAGACACUCCUGAAACUACUAUUUCCUCAUCAUUAAAUUUAACGAGCAAUAAUACAUUCUUUUUAACUACAACUUCUAAAUGCAGAAAUAUUUCGUUAAAUACUCAAUCACCACUAACGAUCGAUUUUAAUAAAAAAUAUUUACAGACUUCUACUUCGAUUCCGAAUACAGCAAGUUCAUUUGUAAAGAUUAUACCGAAAUCACAAGAUUCAUUAUUUAUGAGAAAAACAAUUAAUCAGAAAGAAGAAAUUUAUAAUAGGAAACCGUUCAAAAACGGAAGUACAAUUGUUAAUAAAGUAAAAACUGUAUCCACACAAGUGGAUACUCCACUGGAAAUCAUUCAACUCAAUAAAAAUAUAAAUAUUGCAAAUUCAGAUACUAGUAUACAAUAUACUACGAAUCAUUCCAUUACAGAUUUACAGGAUUCCCAGAAAACAAUUACUAUUUCACACUUACAACAAGAACAGUUUCCAAAUGUAAUUGCAAUCAACAAUAAAUUACAAAGUCAAAAUAUACAAAAGAGUUCUGAAACUAUAUACCACAGUAUAUCACCAUUAAAACAAUUAACAAACUCGAGGCGAAAACCAAAAGAGAAAUUAAAAAAGGCUACUACCAGGAAAAAAAUAUCUAUAGAGACGAAAAUACUCGGAACAACAAAUUUAGAAGAAUCAAAUACAAUUAUAUCUUCUGUAGAUCAAUCACCUUCUGUGUCUCAUCGUAUUUCGAUGGUACCAGGACAUAUAUCCGACAUGUUGUAUCCUAGUGUUCCGAAUAACGAAUUAUUAAAAGCAUUCAAUGAUUAUUGGAGUGCUCAAAUUUCUCAUUGUGCGAUCUGUGCUCCGUUUACCUCGAGUUGUAAUGGACAUGGCAGAUUAAUGCCACCAGACUGGAAGUAUUGUAAACCUACUGUUUUACCAGAAAGUUCACCAAUAUGGGUAUCUGCGAAUGUAUUCGUUGCAAAUUCAAAGGAACAAAUCGUUGAACCGGAAAAUGAUAAGCUUUUACGUUGUAGAGAGUGUCACGUCACGGUUCAUGCCUCCUGUUAUGGAAUCACCGUAUUACCUACAGAUCUACGAAAUUGGGCUUGUGAUAAGUGCAAGGCUGGUAAAACACAAGUGAUGUGUUGUUUGUGUCCUAUGCGAGGAGGAGCUCUUAAGCGAACUAGCGAUAGUAAUUGGGCGCACAUAUUGUGCGCUCUUCUAUUACCAGGAGUAACUUUUAAGGAUGCCAUAAAUAAGGAUCCUAUUAAUGUAUUAACCAUCAAACCAAAUAAUGUUAAGCAACAGUGUUGUUACUGUGGGCAGAAAGAUGGAGCGUGUCUUAAUUGUAAUCAGUGUAAUAAUCUAUUUCAUCCGUCUUGUGGACUUGUUUCUGGUGCUACAUUUACAAUACCUGUAUACAAUUCACCAGAACUUCAGAUAACAUGUGAUGGGCAUGGUGAUGGAAAAGAAAAGAUACCAACAAUUCGACAAGGAGAAAUUGUAUGGGCAAAACAUCGUAAUACGCGAUAUUAUAAAGCAAAAGUAGAUUCCAUUCAUGAUACUUUAUUUUAUAUGGUUACGUUUAGUGAUGAUAGUUUUAGCGAAGAUUUAUAUCCAUCAGAUAUUACAAACUAUGAUCCUGGAAAUCCACCGCAACAAGGUGCUGCAGUCGUUGUAAAAUGGACAGAUGGAAACUUAUACAAUGGUAUCUUUGAAGGUACAAAUCACCGAAUCAUGUAUACUGUAAUUUUCGAGGACGGUUCACAACUCGUAUUAAAACGAAAUGAGAUUUACAGCUUACAAGAAGAUAUGCCAAAAAGAGUUCGUUCACGUUUGUCUGUUGCGACCGAAAUGAAGCACCGGUAUCAUCUAUAUGGGACAGAAGAUGAAUCGGAGGCGCAAAGAAAGGUGAAACCGUCGAAAUAUUGUGAUUAAAAAAAAAUUAUAUACGGUUCGUUGUAAAUAAUCGAUAGAGACAAAUAAUAUUAAAUUACUGUACAUAAUAUAUACAAAUAAUUGUAUCUAAUAAUUUGAUUUUUUCUAAACUUGUAUGCGUUUUAGAAUGGACCAAAUGAACAGGUUUUUAUUUUUUUUCAUUUUCAUUUCUUAUCUUCUUUCUUUUUAUUUCGUUCUUUUUUCUUUUGUUUUCUUUGCUUUUUUAAUUUUUUAACUUAUCGACAUUUUUAUUGGUAUUAUAUCUCUUUGUUUUAAUAUACCAUUAUUUGUUAAACACAUGAGCUCAUAAUGAAUAUUAGCAAAUUAAUUUAAUGAAAAACAAAUUCAGUAUAAAUGUUACAAUGUCUCGACGAGAAAAAAGUAUUAAAGAAAUUACGGUGUUACAGAUUAUGUCUCUUUUUUGUGGUUAUAAUUAAACACGUUUGAAUUUUUAACUAUUUAUCACGUAAUUAGAAUAUAAUUCAAAUUCAAGAUUUUCUAUCGUACGAAAUGAACGAAGCGUUGUUUUAUUCCUUGUAUUUACACGCAGUUAGAACAAUUUAUCAAAUCCCACAAAUUGUUAAAAACAAAAUAUUCAACAGAUAAUAGGAUCAAAAAAGAAUAGAAAUAAAAUUUAUGCAAUAUACUUCUGUAUAUAUUUACAGAAUGUGAAUAAGAUAUGAGAUGUUUUUAAGUAAUGAAUCCCACAUAUGUAAUUUAAAAGCAUUUUUUACUUUGUUCUAUGAAUAAGCGUCUAAAAUGAACUCUUUAGAAAUUUACAUUGCGUAUUUCUCAAUAAAAAUCAUGUUAAAUCAUAAUACGUUAUCAAAAACGUAUAAAUAAACCACUUUUAAAAGGGUUCAGUAGUUGUAUAUUUCAUAAUUUUUCUUAAAUUUUCAUUUUGUAUUCUAUAACAUAUAUAUAAGUAAAAAUU